UCUGAUUCUAUUAACACGUUUAUUGAGAUACAACGUCGUUUCAUGUCUUAUCUGUUGAUCCUCAUAGAAACCCUCACAAGUUUCAAAACUUGGCCCUUCUCCACCUUCUUCAGAUACAUGACAAUUGGAAUCACAAUUCGAUAAUUCAUUUUUGUUUUCUGGGAUUUUGAUUUUCUUUUUAUCUUUAUUGAACUUAUCUGCAGAAUUCUUUGUUUUUAGAUUUAUUUUGUUAUGCAAAAUUUUCUGGUUAUUGAAGUCGUGAAGCCCUAGACUGGAGGUGCAUACUGUUAUUUUUGAUCAAUUAGUUCAACUGAAGGAUUAGAAUGACUUCUUAUGUGUACUGGCAAUUGGAGUUCUGAAGCAGUUGUGUAUUGAUCUUUCUCUACCUAAUUUCAUCUGAAGAUCAAGUAAAGGAUUAGAAUGUUUUCUUAUGCGCAGUAAGCAUGAUGAGCAUUAAGGAUUGGGUUUUAUCUCAAUUAGUAUCCACGUCACUAGCUUCAUCGAGACCACUGUCAGCAUCAGACAGCUUUUUAUCCGAGGAACCACAAAAUGUAGAGUUUGACAACGAAGGUUUGGGUCACGUUACCACUAAUUUGACUGCUGUGCCAGAGUCUGGGGAGAUGUCUUGCUCCUCCAAUGAUAAUCAGACAAAUCAGAGUUUCUCGUCUCAGCCUGUGGAAAAUCCUUCUGUGUCUAAUAGUAGCAUUGAGAAGAAAUUAGAUUCUCUGGCGAUGAUUGAAGGUCUACAAAUUAUUUUUUUGCGUCUUCUUCAACGCCUUGGCUUGUCUCAAGAUAAUCUUAUGGUGGCAAAGGUAUUAUAUCGGAUUCACCUGGCAACUUUGGUGCGAGCAGGGGAAUCAGAUUUGAAAAGAGCUAAUCUCAGAAUUGAUAGAGCUCGAGCAUUGGCUGCAGAACAAGAAGCAGCUGGUAUACCUGAAUUGGACUUUGUGCUUAGAAUACUUGUUUUGGGUAAAACUGGUGUUGGCAAGAGUUCAACAAUAAAUUCUAUAUUUGGUAAUAGGAAGGUAACAACUAAUGCAUUUCAUCCGUCUACUGAUCAAGUUCAAGAGAUUGUAGGAAGUGUGAACGGUCUUAGAAUAUCUUUUAUUGAUACUCCUGGCCUGUUACCUUCCUCAACAAUUAACGCCAGGAGAAACAAGAAAAUCUUACGCUCUGUGAAGCGAUUUGUUAAAAAAUCACAUCCGGAUAUAAUCCUGUAUUUUGAGCGCCUUGACAUGAUCAAUCCGGGUUAUUGUGACUUUCCAUUGUUGAAGCUCAUAACUGAACUCCUUGGCCCUGAACUCUGGUUCAACACAAUCCUUGUCAUGACUCAUUCUUCUGCUGCACUUCCUGAAGGUCCAGAUGGUUAUCCUGUAAGCUAUAAUUCUUAUGUCACUUACUGCACUGAUCUGAUGCGACACUGCAUUCACCAGGCAAUAUUGGAUAAGAAGCUUGAAAACCCUGUAAUUUUGGUGGAGAAUGAUCCCCACUGUAAGACAGAUAACAGGGGGAGAAAGAUUCUUCCUAAUGGCCAGUUGUGGAUGUCCCAGUUCUUGUUAAUAUGCAUAUGCACCAAAAUUCUUGGUGAUGUCAAUACUCUUUUGGGAUUUGAAGACUGUGUACAAUUGGGGCCUUUAAGUAAAACCCGAUUGCCUUCUUUACCGCAUCUUCUCUCAUCUUUUCUUAAACAUCAUAUUCAAUUGAACCCAAACACUUCAAACGACAAAAUUGACGAGCUCCCUCUUACAUAUAUGGAUGAAGAAGAUGAAUAUGAUCAAUUGCCUCCUAUUCGAAUUCUGACUAGAGCUCAGUUUGAGAAAUUGACCAACUUACAAAAGAAAGCUUAUCUUGAUGAGCUGGAUUACAGGGAAACCCUUUAUUUAAAGAAACAGCUGAAACAAGAAUUUCUUCGUAAAAAAGAGAACAAAGAAAACAUUGGAGUGGCCUCUGAUGACAGUAGUGAUAAGCAGGAGGAUGCUUCAACAGCAGUUCUGUUACCAGACAUGACUGUCCCUCCAAGUUUCGACUCAGAUAGUCCUGUGCAUAGAUUCCGCUGCCUCGUUACAGGUGAUCAGUGGCUUGCAAGGCCAGUUCUUGAUCCCCAUGGAUGGGAUCAUGAUGUGGGAUUUGAUGGUGUCAACCUCGAGACUGCUGCUAAGAUAAGGGAAAAUGUUGUUGCUUGUGUCAUAGGACAAAUGAGCAAGGACAAGCAAGAUUUCAGUAUUCAGUCAGAGUCUACUGCAGCUUUUAUUGAUCCUAGGGGCUCCAUUUACAGUGUGGGUCUUGAUGUUCAAUCUGCUGGGAAAGAAUUGGUCUGCACAAUUCGCAGCAACACAAAAUUGAAAAAUUUGAAGAACAAUGUUACUGAAUGUGGUGUUUCAGUGACAUCUUUUGCAGAUAAAUAUUAUUUUGGCACUAAAAUCGAGGACAGCUUCUCAAUAGGAAGGCGACUGAGAUUUGCAAUAGAUGCUGGACGGAUGGGAGGAAAUGGACAAGUGGCUUAUGGUGGAAGUGUCGAAACUACUUUAAGAGGGAAAGACUACCCUGUGAGAAACGAGGUGGUCAGUCUCUCAAUGACAUUCCUCUCAUUUAACAAAGAGACAGUUUUGGGUGGCAAUUUACAGUCAGACUUCAGAUUGACCCGAGGUACAACAAUGUCACUGAAUGCCAAUUUGAAUAGCCGAAAAAUGGGCCAGGUUUCUAUGAAGGUCAAUAGCUCUGAGCACGUGCAAAUAGCUUUGGUUGCAGUUGUCUCCAUUUUCAGAGCCCUUUUGCGGAAGAAGCCUGUUGAUGAUCUUCAAAGUAGAAAAGCUCUUGAAAGAUGAUGAGAUUUAUUUAUUUUAUUUUAUUUUAUUUUUUUCACCACGUUCACUAUUCAAAAUUUGAGAAAUUUUUGGGCCAUGAAAUUACUUGAAACCGGAAUAUGAAUUUACACUGCAAUGUGAGGAAGAUUAUCUGUUACUAAUCAUACGAAAUGACCCACGUGGAGGUUCUCAUAUUUGGACAUAUGACAAGCACGCAAAAGGGAUCAAUAUCUGAAGAUGUCACGUUAAGCGUCGAGGUUGUCUGAGAAUGGCCGAAGUAGCCCUAUCCUUCUUAUCGAAGUGGAGUAUCCGAAGUCCUUUACAACCAGAAGAGGGUUGGGCAAGCACGUCUUCAGAAUUGACUACUGAUGUGAGGUGUGCAGUUAAUAAGUGUCAAGGAUGUCAGCAGAAGAGGGUCGGGCAAGCACGUCUUUAGAAUUGACUACUAAUGUGACGUGCUCAUUAAUAAGUGUCAGGGAUGCCCGCCUAGGUUUGUGACCUCGUAUAAAAAAAUCUAUCAAUGUAAUUAAUUUAGAUUAGAGUUAAUGUGAUACAAAGUGUCUGCAGAUCAAGCCACGUGGAUCCAAUGCAACGGUGACUACGUCGGCUUGAUCACUAUAAAUAGACAAUUCUUGUAUCAGUUAAAGGGAUCUUGGAAAAUAUAGACAAGAGAAUACAAUACACUUUCAUUGCCUACUA